GCAGACAGAGACUAAGACGCAACAAUCUGAACAGAAACACUGCUGUCUCCAACAUGUACCUUUCUGAACAACAGAAGAUCUGGAACGUUUGAAAAGAAACUAACAAAACCCACAUUGACUUAUCAACUGGGACUAAUAGAUCCAAGUGUAGGUGGUAGUGGAAAGACGGACCCGUAGCUCUAUUAACUCUGACAUGGCCAGUACACAGACAAGUCUGAAAACCCCAUUCAAAGACCUGACCUCGUUCAAGGGCAACAUGAAGCAGCUGUACCGUGAGAGAAUAGAAGACGUGCCUAUCAAGAAGAGGCUGAUGGCUGAGAUGAACCUGAAGCGCCGCAGCCUGGACACCCUGCCCCAGACCCCCAAGGUGAAGAGGGAGGCUGGGGAGGAGCAGACCCAGGACGGGGAGGUGGAUCCAGGCAUGGCUAGAUCAAUAGAGAUGGACAGUAGAGGUGUGCUCCAGGUAUGUGGAGCCAAAGCUUUAGACCUGAGCCCUGGGCUGAAACACACGCUGGCAGCCUUCACCCUAAGCAGCGCUCGCUCUCUGGGGGGCCCAGCAGCCUUCUCUGCCCGCUCCGGCCAUGAAGCAUCCUCCUCCCCUGGCCCUGGCUCCUGCCCUGGCAUGGCACCUCUACCCUCCCCUCCAGUGCUGGGAGGUAUACCCCUGCUGGUACCCAGUGACAGCUCCACGGAGCUCAGCCACUCCCUUCUCGAGGGAGAAUCCAUCUCCUGCUUCGCCGUCGGUGGGGAGAAGCGCCUCUGCCUCCCCCAGGUGCUCAACUCGGUUCUCCGCCACUUCUCCUUGCAGCAGAUCAACGCGGUGUGCGACGAGCUCUACGUCUACUGCUCGCGCUGUGACGGGGAACAGCUCCACAUACUCAAGGUGCUGGGUAUUUUACCCUUCAAUGCUCCGUCCUGCGGCCUCAUCACCUUAACUGACGCCCAGCGCCUCUGCAACGCCCUGCUCCGCCCGGGGGCCGUCCUCCCCUCUGAACCCAUCACCAAGUUUCCCGUCCAGGGGCUCCUCGAGACGGAGGCGAGCUUCCAGGUGGAGCACCAGUGUCUGGGAAAAUGCCAGGGUCUGUUCGUUCCCCAAUUCUACGCCAAGCCCGAGUCGCCCUGUAUUCAGUGCAUGGAAUGCCAGCUGCUCUUCUCUCCGCAGAAGUUUGUGAUGCACUCUCACAAGUCGCCGGACAAGAGGACCUGUCACUGGGGCUUUGACUCAGCCAAAUGGCCAUGCUACCUGCAGCUGGGGAGGAAGUACCUGGGGACGGCAGAGGAACCGCAGCUCAAACAGCUGCUGGAGGACGUGAAGGACAAGUUCCACUACAACCGAACCGGUGACAAAAAGGUGGUAGAGGAGGACAGGGAGGUGAGAUCAUCUCCUCCAGAGCCUCUAGUUUCUCUUAACAGUAAACUAGCCGACAACGACGCAGCGACCAAGGCUGAAGGCCAAGCCCAGGCUUGUCUGGCGUUCCCCCACAUCAAGGAAGAGCCCAGUCACCCCAGUUACUACCUGUAUACAUAUGAUAAGAUGGUGGCUCCUAACGUGUCUCUGAGGGAUCAGCCGGAGGUCAGCCCUGAGGUUCUGAGGGUGCUGCUCAAACACCACUACAGUAGGAGACUGGCCCACGACCAUGAAGAGACUGCUAUGGAUCGCCAUGCCUCUCCCCCAGCUCCUCCCGUUGUCAACGACGCUAAGUCUCAGCAGUGCGUUGUUCCUGCCGCCGACCGGGACCGCCAGCAGCCAGUUUCCAUGGAGACCAGCCCCGGCAACAAGAGUUCUUCUGCUGUAGCGGUAGCCGCGGUAGCGGCGCCGGGGAGUAAAGAUGUCCUGUCUUCUGUCUGUGAGGACGACAAGGAAAGGAUCGUAGUGGAGAUCGUUCAGAUGUACAGCAGACAGCAGGAGAAGCUGCACUCCACCCUGCAAAAGCAGCUGCAGCUAGAGAUGGAGUUGGAGGCGCUGCGUGGAGGCGAGGCUGCCAGGCUGCAGCAGCUGGCAGCAGAGCAGUGUGCGCUGCAGAGUGAGCUGGAGGCGGUGCACACUGAGCAUGCCCACAGGCUGGGGCAGGUGAGGGAGGAACAGAGGGAGUUGGAGCACAGGCUGGAACAGCUGAGGCAGCAGGGCUGUGUGUGUGAUAACACACACCAGGAGGAACGCUAUGCUAACCAGCUGGCAGAGCUGCGUGGGAGGUUGGAUGGUGCGGAGGCUGACAGGGAGAAGCUCCAGGAGGAGUUGAGGAGGGAGCGGGAUGCCCGGGAGAAGCUGGAGAGAAUCAUCUCUCAGCUCCAACAGCAGAUGUGCCAGACGGCCUCCACCUCGGCCACAACCAUCGCUACAGGGAGCCCCUCUCCGCCCCCCACCCCCUCCUCACACCCCCCCCACACAGAGGGACACACCGCAGGCCCCGCCGAGCAGCAGAACGGCCAUGCUCAUAAGUAGAGGAAAUUACGAAACGCCCCUUCUCUGUUCGUCUCUCUCACCUCCGUUCUGAGAGAGACAAACAAAUUACGAGACCCAACCACCCCGAGAGAGAAA